UUCAGUUUAAGUGGCUUCUAAAUUUACAUCCACAUACAGAGGGCUAGGGAAAGCGAAUCUGGAAGACCAAAAGAGAUAUCCCCACACCCAUCUCCUCCAAUGCAACUUGGAAUAUUUGGCUCAAGGAGAGGGAGAAAGCCAGAGAUCGGCUGUCCAGAUGCCUCUAUGUGUCUCAAGCCUGCUGUGUGCGGUGUAGAGAGGAGCAGACACUUUCUCCAGCCAAGCAGAUGUGGUUGCAUUGACUUCUCCCCCCCCUUGAAGGAUCGUCACCAUUUUUGUAAGGAUACCUCUGCUGGCCUCUUUUGAACACUCGGGAGCUGGACGAGAGUGGGGGCGGGGGCGGCUAGGGUGGCUGAUGAAAGUCCUAAUGAUGAAUACAUUGCGGGGCAAAGAAUGCAGGAGGGGACUGCAGAACUGAAAGGCUCAGAAGGAGCAGAAGGGAGGACCAACUAAAGCGAGACAGAAGGCAGAAGAAGCCAGGAUUCGAAUAUAUAUAUAUUUAUAUAUGUGUGUGUGUGUAUAUAUAUAUCUAUAUAUAUACGUAUAUAUAAUAUUUAUCUAUCCAUUCUCUAUCUCUGAUUCGUUUUGCAAAGUCUGGAUUUGGAUCGUGAAGCGGAGGCAGGCGGGUGUGUUGGGGAGGGGGACCCAAACCAAACAGCCCCGAAGCGCGCAUAAACAAAAGGGGGAGGGCAACAUUUGGGGAUUCCGUGUGCAGCAGCAUGGAGGAGAAUGAGCAGCGCCCGAGCGACGAAGGGGCAGAACAGCACCAGCCGCCGCCGCCGCCGCAGCCAGAGGAAUCGAGCAGCGGUAGCGAAGGGGAGCCCAACCGUCGGAGGGCGAUGCUCUUGCCCCGGGUCCUCCAGGCACCCGGCAACCACCCGCAUCAGCACCCGCCGCACCGGAUCACCAACUUUUUCAUCGACAACAUCCUGCGGCCGGAGUUCGGGCGGAGGAAAGACAGCGGCACCUGCGGCAGCGGGAGCAGCACUAGCCCGGAGCAGCAGCAACUCCUCGCCGCCAGGAGCCCUUCCACGGCGCCGGCCUCCGGUUCCCCGGGUGAAGUUGGAGGCGGCGGCAGCGGUUCCAAAGCUCUGGCCACAGCCAAGAAAGGAGGCGACUCCAGCGCGCUCGAAGGAGCCUUGAAACCCCGCAGUGGCGGCAGUGGCGGCGGCGGCAGCGGCGGCAGCGGAGGCGGCGGCGAUUUGUCGCUGAGCUCCGACUCGGACAGCUCCCAGGCCAGCUCCUUCCCCAGCGCGCAGCCCAUGCUGUGGCCAGCUUGGGUCUAUUGCACCCGCUACUCGGACAGGCCUUCGUCAGGCCCCAGAUCCCGCAAACCAAAGAAGAAGAACCCCAACAAAGAGGACAAACGGCCCCGGACAGCGUUCACCGCCGAACAACUGCAAAGACUCAAAGCCGAGUUUCAGACGAACAGAUACUUGACGGAGCAGAGGAGGCAGAGCCUGGCUCAAGAACUCAACCUCAACGAGUCUCAGAUCAAAAUCUGGUUUCAGAACAAACGGGCUAAAAUCAAGAAAGCCUCCGGCAACAAGAACUCCCUGGCGGUUCACCUCAUGGCACAAGGACUGUACAACCACUCCACGGCCUCGAAAGACGGCAAGUCAGACAGCGAGUAGAGGAGGGUUGGAUUAGCCAGGGGACGGAAGAGAGGAGGGUGGGGGAGGCUCAGUCAGAAUUUAUACAAUGCAAUAAUUUAAUUAAAAACAAACAAAUAAGGGCCAGUGUAUAAAGACUAUACCAGCAUCAAUAGUGGGAAAAUAUUGUGUAUUAGAUAUAAUUCUGCAAUAUGCUGUGUGUACAUAUAUACAUAUAUAUAUAUAUAAUUUACAGGUAAGGUGUUGUAAAAAAAAAUCCAAAAUAUCUUAUUAUAAAAUAUUUUUUGAUUUUUUUUUGUUCUAUGGAAAUUUUAGAUGCUAUCUUUAUCGAUUUUUUUUAAAGCUUAAGUUACUUUUUUAUAGACUUAAGCACUGUUUUAAACGGACAUUGGACACUGUUUUUUGAAAUUCAAAAUAUUAAAAACAACUUUUGCUGAAGUCCAAAGAUUUUUAUUGCUGCAUUUCACGAGACUGUGAACCGAAUAAAUAGUUCUCCUAUUUGUUCUAUGAGUUUUACUCUUCCUUUAUUUUUUAUUUUUUUUCCCUUCCUUCCUCCUGUGUUUGCCUUUGGGGUGGAUGAUAUAAAAGAACAAAUUUUUCACAAUGAAAAUGAAUAAAUCCGGGAAAAGAAGGCCCGAGGCAUGACGUUAACCCUAGGAACUUUUCCUGAAUUUGCCCUAAUUUCUUCAUUACACUGGAGUGAAGAAAAAUGAGCAGACUAUACGACUCCGAAAAAGUUGGGAAAUAGUGGCAGACUAGACGAGGGUGUGAUCUAGUCAUUAUUCUUUCCCCCGCCUCGGCAACGUGGUGGGAAAAGUUUGGAGGACAACGUCGCAACUUCCGGAACAGUGUCAUAGGAAGUGAAAAGGGAAGCACCCCUUUCAAGAUGAAGAAGGUUUUUCUCUGUCAUACAGAACGGCCCUUGCCCAGUGUGAGAAGCCAGGGGAACCCCAUGCGCCUUCGAGCCUGCCUUGCUGUUGUCUUACAUGAGCUCAUCCCAUUUCCGCCUGCUAGUUCGGACAUUGUUGUGCUUUGCCCCUUUCUCACUGCUGCCUUUUAAAGUGGAGUUCAGAAAGCAGCUCGGCCUGGCGUUUUAGCUUCGCAGUGCUUUGGACGUUUCCACCACCAGGCCCCGGUGGUAUGUGCUGCGGCCUCAGUGUGUACGUGUGUGUGCAUGCGUGGAUGUGUGUGUGAAAGAGAGGGGAAGAGUCUGAAUCAUUAGCUUCUUAAACACAAACUGGGCCAGGGAAGGCCCUCAGAUGCAAGCAGCCUGCGCGGGCCGAGGUGGCUCAGGAUGAAAAGAAGAACCCGAGAGGAAGAGGAGGAGAGAAAGGCGAGGGGGGCGGUUAGGGCACGAUUUCAGCACCACUGACUUCUAUUAUGCAUGAAAGGAAGGGGAGUUAUCUCUGAAGUUCCUCGGUUGGAAACGGUGGCAUUUAUAUUGUCAGGGGGGAAAUCACUAAUUCAUGUUGUUAAAAGUAGUUUUUCAUUCCUGAAAAUGGGAGAUAUUUUACAAUUCGAGUCAGUGGGUAACUGAAGAAUUGUGAAGGAUUUGUAAAUGGCAUUUAGGAUUUUUGUUGUGGUUUAUCUAUCGGCCCCUUUCCCUAUCAUAACUUUGUUUUGUUUUCUGAUUCUAAUGCGUGAUACAGAGAAGUUAAGAAGUAUUGAUUUAGAACUUUCUCCCAGAUUAUAAUCCCUGCCCGCCUCCCCACUUUUUUGGGGGGGGUAAGGUGUUGGCCAGAGGCACAAGAGCCCCCUGAGAGGGUGCUGCAGAAAUUAUUCAGGACUGUGCUCUCCUUGAUUAUUUGAGGGUGAACUACUCGCUUUGCCUUAAAACCUCUCUUUAUUUCACACACAUAGACACACGCUGUAUAUAGUAGUAUGAGCUUUGAAAAAGAGAAUCAAAUUAUAAAAUCAAUGCUGUAAUUUUUAAGUCUGUGAAUAACCAUCAGCUGCUUAGGAGACAGGCUUCAAUGACAUUGCCUUUUAGCCAGAAAGCAAAGACUUUUUCAGUUUCUAAAACAUGUGCAUUUUACA